GUUUCCGCCGCGAAAGGGCAGUGUGGGGCGCGGGGCUUGGAGAUGCCCGGCGCCUCUCCGGGUUCCUCGGAGUCGCGGCCGCCGGAGUCGCGCGGAGACAUGAGUGACACGGGAGGCGACCGCACGCGCCUCAGGCGCUACCCUAGGCUUCCGGUGUGGGUGGUGGAGGAUCACCAGGAGGUUCUGCCUUUCAUAUACCGGGCCAUAGGUUCGAAGCAUCUUCCUGCUAGUAAUAUCAGCUUUUUACAUUUUGACUCACAUCCAGACCUCCUUAUUCCUGUGAAUAUGCCAGCAGACACUGUGUUUGAUAAGGAAGCACUUUUUGGAGAAUUAAGUAUUGAAAAUUGGAUUAUGCCUGCAGUUUAUGCUGGCCAUUUUUCUCAUAUAAUAUGGCUUCAUCCCACAUGGGCUCAGCAAAUCACAGAGGGCAAACACCACUUCUUAGUAGGCAAAGACAUUUCUACCACCACAAUCAGGGUCACCAGUACCGAUUAUUACUUCCUAAGUGACGGCCUGUUUGUACCUGAAGACCAGCUAGAGAACCAGAAACCCUUACAGUUGGACGUGGUCGUGGUAGAACCUCACAGACUCUGUAACCAUCAAGAGGACAGUGACUCUGUGUCUUCUGCAAAGAAGCCCAAGCUGGCACUGGGCAGUCGAGAGAGCGCGGCCGCCGCUAACGGGGACCCCUGCUCAGAAGGACUGCGAGGGGAUGCAGUGACCCCACCGAGUGACCGUGCUUGCCCGGAGCCACCAGGCCCCUGUUCAUCUGGAGGCCAGCAGUGCCAGGGCACAGUCAGCACUGGGGAGGUCCUGGAAGUGCUGAAGAGUGGAGAUGCGUUUGUUCUAGAUAUUGACUUGGAUUUUUUUUCUGUCAAAAAUCCCUUCAAAGAAAUGUUCACGCAGGAUGAGUACAAAAUUCUACAGGAGCUUUACCAGUUUAAAAAGCCUGAUAGUAACCUCACUGAGGAAGAUUUGGUAGAUAUUGUUGAUACUCGAACUCGUCAACUGGAAGACUUAGAAGCAGUUUUUGCUGAUUUAUGUGACGGGGAUGGUGAAGAAACUGUACAGAGAUGGGCUUCAACCCCCGGAAUGGAAUCACUAGUUCCACUUGUACAGAGUUUGAAAAAACGGAUGGAAGUACCAGACUAUGAAAUGGUUCACCAGGCCGGGCUAACCUGCGAUUAUUCCGAACUCCCUCAUCACAUCAGCACAGAAGAAGAAAUUGAGGGUCUUAUUCAGUCUGUGUAUUCUUUACUGAAAAGUCUUCCAAAGCCUACUCUUGUGACAAUUGCAAGGUCAAGUCUGGAUGAUUACUGUCCUCCUGAACAAGUUGACACCAUUCAGGAAAAGGUCCUCAGUGUGCUGCACUCGCUCUAUGGGACCCUGGACACUCACCUGGUGUAUUCAGAAGAGUCUCCACCAUGUUGAGAACACAGAGCACUAGCCUAUGCAUUUUGUUAAAGUCACGGGGCCUUUGUUUGUGAGUCUUCCAGAGUACACUUUUACUUUUUGGCUUUUCGAGACAGGGUUUCUUUGAGUAUCCUUGGCUGUCCUGGAACUAGUUCUGUAGACCAGGCUAGAC